AUGCCGCCCAGAUCUUCUCUGACUUCGCAGUUCUCAAUUGCCGAUUCUAACAAUGAGGUUGUCUGCCCUCUAAGAAACCAAGAUGGCUCUAGCUGUAGGAAACGCUGUAUCGGAGAAAAGAGAUAUCGCUCGAUGCAAGAGCACAUCCGACGUGCGCAUCCCGAGCACUACAUCCAGAAGCUCCCUGCCACCGAAGAGAGCUUUCUACUCAUGAUCAGCACCGAUCCGUCUACCCGUGUCCAGCAGCAGCCCCAGCCCAGCGCAACUUCAGCUCCUGCGGGUGCGUUCCCAUCAAGUCAAGGGUUUUCCCCUCUGAUUGACCGUUUUCAAGGCUUCCUCCACGAUCGUCAUGCCUACGAUUCGAGCAGUCCGGGCACCCCGCGGAAUGUGAACCACGAUGAAUAUGGGACGCCGGGUUCGCUGUUGCCAGCCGCGAGCGCAGCGGCGGCCUUGGCGCAGCUACAUGGGCACAAGAUUGAACCCGAAUGGGAGUCUGAGAUUGAUUGGCACUCGGACACCGAAGGGCGUCGUCCGCCCCGAACGUCCAUCGAGCUCCCCCCGAUCCAUUUGCCCCCUCACGACGUCACCAGCGAGCCUUUUCCCGCCAUGAAUUCCAGCAGGCCGCGCGAUAUACUCCCCUCUAUACUAGCAAACUCGCCCCCCGGUCGCUCGUCAACGCUGCCUCCAAUCCAACGAUCAUCUGGCCAAGCCGCCCGAGGAAGCAUCCGUCACAAGCGGGUCGAGAGGGCACUUCUGCUGAGCCUUCCGCCGAUAUGGAAAGCGCUGGGAGGAUCUCAUCGACGCCGCCGACAAGCUGCUUCCGCUGCAGGCGACAUCGAUGAGGACCGCACACCAGUACGUCAACUCCAGUCUGAUGCGAGUCUAGAUCGGCUGAUGAGCUAUCAGGUCCCGCAAUCACCCGUCUCCAUCCCGCGGGCUUCCAUGCCACCAUUCCAGCAACACAAUUUCCACGGUGGGAACAGCUAUCAGGCGUCCCCGCUGCAGCAAGCCCUUACCCCGCCAUCCUACAGCCAGGACACCAUCGACCCCUUUCCUUCGGUUGAAAGUGGUGAAAGCGGGGAGAAUUUCCACAUUGAGUCACGGGGGCUUUCUGAUUCGUCCCCAACAUAUUCCUCCCAGAAUACCCAGAUCUACUGCGCUGCCUGCCAGAGCGUUUCAAGGCUGAAGGAGUCGUACGCGUGCACCGAGUGCAUCUGCGGCCUCUGUCAAGCUUGCGUCGACGUCCUCAUGGCAGAACAGGGAGCUCGAAGGAAGUGCCCCCGUUGUGCUACGAUAGGGGGCAAAUUCAAGCCAUUCCAGUUGGACAUUAGGUGA